UGCGUUGUGUGACGUCGCCGGUCACAUGGCGAGCGUCAGCUGUGUUGCAGGAAGUGAAGCAGUCAUGGCGACGCCUGUAGCGUUACUCUCUGAAUCUGUGCUCGGGUGGUCUAUUUUCACUAUUGUUUUACUGGUCAUCUUGGCCUUCUGCUGGGUUUAUAUUCGGAAAUAUCAGAGCCGGCAGGAGAGCGAGGUUAUCUCCACCAUCACUGCGAUAUGCGCUCUGGCCAUUGCGCUCAUCACAUCAGCCCUGCUUCCUGUUGAUAUCUUCCUAGUGUCCUUCAUGAAGUACCCCAAUGGCACUUACAAGGAAUGGGCGGCAAGCAAUGAGACCCGGCAGCAGAUCGAAAACACAGUUUUGUACGGCUACUACACUCUGUAUUCCAUCAUUCUGUUCUGCGUCUUCCUCUGGAUCCCCUUUGUGUAUUUCUACUACGAGGAGAAAGAUGAAGACAACAGCAACAAGUGCUUGCAAGUGAAAAAUGCACUGAAGUAUACAAUAGGAUUUGUGAUUGUGUGUUCAGCGCUGCUUUUGAUUGGGACAUUUGUUCCGUUGGAAUCUCCGCCAAACCGGAACUCCACUCAGUGGGAGAAGGUGCAGUAUCUAUUCGAGGAGCUGGGCAGCAGCCAUGGCCUGGCCGCCCUGUCGUUCUCCAUCAGCUCGCUCACCUUGAUUGGCAUGCUGGCAGUGAUCACAUACACGGCGUACGGGAUGUCCGUCCUGCCGCUGAACCUGAUUAAAGGCACACGCAGCAUCCUGUAUGAGCGGCUGGAGAACACUGAAGACACGGAGGAGGUGGAGCACCAGAUAGACAAGCUCAAAGUCAAGUGUGCCGAUGGGCGUCCUCUCUCUAUGAGAGACCGGAGGAACCUCCAGGAUCUUGAAGACAAGUUUCAGGUGCUCCGUCGACAGGGCCGUCACCUUGAGAUUGCAGAGAGGAACUGCUGCAAUAAAGUGGGCUCAGCUCUCCGUCCCAUGAAGAUCUUGCUCGGGGUCUUCUUCAUCCUGGUGGCCCUUUUGUUCUUCGUGACCUUGUUUAUUUCUAAUCUGGAUAAAGCUUUACAUUCAGCUGGUAUCAGCACUGGAUUUAUCAUCUUUGGGACCAACCUAACCAACCCUCUUAAUGAGCUACUGCUGGCGCUGCAACCGGUUUUCCCGCUGGACUAUGUUCUCAUCACAAUCAUCACCAUGUACUUUGUCUUCACCUCCAUGGCUGGGAUCCGUAACAUGGGGAUUUGGUUCUUCUGGAUAAGGCUGUAUAAGAUCAGGCCUCAGAGAACCCGACCGCAGGCCCUCCUCUUCCUCUGCAUGAUCCUCCUCCUCAUCGUCCUCCACACCAGCUACAUGAUCUACAGUCUGGCCCCGCAAUACGUCAUGUACGGCAGCCAGAAAUACCUGUUGCAGACCACGCUGCCCACAGCAGACCCAUCACAGGACAAUCACACCUCUGCCAUCACUAAGAUAUGUGACGCAGACGCUCCUGAAGGUAAGACCGUCAUUCUUUAUCACCCACAGAGUGACCGACUUCAACUUCUCUCUCAGCAUAUCGACUGUCACUUUGAGACCCUUGAUGAGACGCUGAGCUUCCUGGCCCCAACGUGUGCUCGUCCUCUCUUACCUGUUGACCUGCAGCAAAAACCCGCCCUGCCAGCUGGCCUAUCGUUCCCUCUUGUGCAGCAACCCGAGUCUUCUCAUCACUCUGGAAGCUGCUCUGUCUUGCGUAACAGCCGUUGCACAACCAGGCGUGAGUGGGAGGAAGUGUCAAGCAGGGAGAACACAUGCGACAGGGAGGGCGCUGUAUCCAACCGAGAGCAUCUCUCCCCGCAGGGCCCGACCCGUGCUCUCGAACCCCGCCACUCUCACGCCUCAAGUCGACAGAGCAAGAGGCGAGUCCUGCUUCACAGAGCACAGCUUGGAUUGGCAAUAAUGCUGGGGUUGGGUUGUCCUUCAAGCUCCUGGAGGAAGUCCUUUGUGUUUGAGUGA